CUGACUUGGUUUGCAAUACUGAAAGACUCAAACUGGAAUGUCUUCAGGAGGGAAAUUCAUGCUCAUGCCAGUUCAGCCUUUGUAAAAGCCUCUGACUGCACUCACGGUAAUUCUUGUGCACCAUACAUAUUGUGGAUUUUCAGUCACUUGGAAUGGCCACUAAAGUCUCAAGUAAUUGAACCUCUGGAUUUGACCUAAAAUGAAUUCUGAUUCUGUGUAGAUGGGAAACAGUUUCUCUGCAACAUUAUCGUGCCUUUAAGACUCCUGACUUGGAAAGGAAACACAUGCGAGAAACAAAUCUUUGGGCAGUCCAAGCAUUUCAGCAAGAGCCUCCUGACCUAGCAGCCAAGACUGUCCCUGGCUUCCUGCCAUGUACCCCAACCCUCUCAUCUACUGCACCUGCUGGGACCCCUGGAACUUGAGGCCACAGAAGCUAAUCAAGACCCCUCAGCCACCAAGCAAGACCUCCACAGGGAAGCCCAAAAGAUGUGAGACUGGCACUAGCAGAUUUGGGAAUCUCAGCCCUGUAAGUCUGCAGUGUUACCUUACCUUCCACCCUGAUGUCCAGGAAGUGAUAAAUGUGUCUCCUGGCUAUCGCCUCACUCGGAAUAGGAAGCAGAAUUCUGUCACCUUGGGAGAUGAGAUGUUUGUCAGGAAAAAGCCAGAAUCAGAGAUCAUGGACAAAGUCAAAAUUUCCAGGACUGAUAUCAUUACUGACCUAGAAGAGCAGAUCUCAGAGCUGGCAGUGAUAAUAGAGCAAAUGAACAGAGACCACCAGGCUGCUCAAAAACUGCUCUCCAAUGAAAUGGAUCUCCGCUGUGCUGAAAUGCAACAGAACUUUGAAAACAAGAACAGGGAGCUCAAAGAGGCUCAUGCAGCAGAGCUCAGUGAGUUGGAGAACAACUACAAAGCAGCCUUGAAGGCAGAGAAGUUUGCUUCCCAGAAAAAACUAGAGGAGAUGGACAGGGAAUAUAAGUAUCUGAAGAUUAUGUUUCAUAUGUACCAGGACAGCAUUUAUGAAGAAAUGGAAGAUAAGUGGUCAAAGAAGAGGGCAGAAUGGGAGAAGGAUGAGAAGUCGGAGCAGGAAAAGAUCUUACUACAGCAAAAACAUAAGAUGACAAAAAAGUUUGAGUUAGAGUCAGAAGAAGAAAAGAACAAAAUAAACUACUCCUACAGUGCCAUCCUUGAGAAUUUCAGUCGGGAGAAAGAGGAGCUAUUGAAACAACAUGAAAGGGACACCUUGCAAUUAGAGGAGCUGAGAAAGGCCAAAGAGAUCAUAGAAGAAGAGUUGCAUGCACAAGCUCUUAACCUAGAAUCACUUAACACAACCCUCUACCAUACCCAGAUGGAACUCCGGAGAGAGAAAGCUGUGGUGGGAAAUGUGGAGAAAACACUCCAGGCCAAGCUUGCUGAAGCUGAAGAAAAGUUUAAAUAUACCAUACAGCUCCUGACAGAAGAAAACAUUCAUCUAAGACAAAAAUUAAUUGCCAAGGAUGAAGAAAUUUAUGAAGAACGAUCUGGGAGAUUGACCUCUAUGACUGCUUUUGAGAAUGCGUCUGACAUAUUAGAAGAUGGUAACCACAAAGGACAAGAAUCAUGA